AUGUCACACAAUACCGAGCGCCGAAGCCACGAGCAAGCCGAAGCCGGAGCCGGAUCCGAGUACGAGCUUCUUCCCCGGACUGGCUCGCCCCUACCGCCCCCGCAAGAAUCACCACCAGACCCGGGCAGAUUCCAGGCCUGGUGGUGGAAGAAACUGGACACCUGGCUCUUCGAGAUCCUGGCGAUGAUCUUCAGUCUCACCUGCUGUAUUGCAAUUGUCUGCAUCCUUGUUACGUUCAAUGGCGAGCCCCAGCCUGAGUUUGCCUAUGGACUUACCCUCAACGCAAUCAUCUCGACGCUCGCAACUGCGUCCAAGUCGUCACUUAUCUAUGUUAUCUCGGCUUGCAUUGGCCAGUUGAAGUGGAUUGGGGUCUACAAGAGGAGGAAGCAGAUAUAUAAUAUGGAGCUCUUUGAUAGCGCCAGCCGCGGACCACUCGGUGCGAUCUUUAUGGUCCUGCAAGAUAAGGGCCGCUCGCUUGUAUCUCUUGGUGCGGUGCUGACCAUUCUCGCCCUGAUAUUCGAUCCAUUUGUCCAGCAGGUCCUGACGUACCGUACGUUGGAGACUGUCGAGGCCGCCAACUCCAGCCUUGCCAUAGCGAAGCGGGAAAUUGUGUUUGACGACCUUUACGAUCAGCAGGAUCGAAUUACGCCGAUUGGAGUGUUUGCGCAGGCAUCCGAAUACCUGCAACCAAUCGUAACAUGUCCUUCAGGGAAUUGCGAGUGGGAUGAAUUCGAAUCAGUGGGGCUGUGCAGCCAAUGCGAAGAUAUCACCUCUCAGACUACGUUCAAAUGCCCCGAGUUGGAUCUCAACUCAUAUUUAAACUUCUCCAAAGACGUGCCGUACACGACCGUGUAUUCAUCGUGCCGACUAGUCCCUCCCCAAGGCCAAGAGAAGGCAAUGAACGCCUCGUUUUAUUUUAGACGCGAGACUAAUGCUGUUACUCUCCGGCUGUGGAUAUACGAUUCUGUGAUUUGGCCCCUCAGCACCGGCUUAGCUCGCCCCGGCGCGGAGGUCUAUAUGGGAAUAGAAAGUCCAGCCGUCGUUGUCGCCCAUGCGAAUCUGACGCUUGUCAACACGACGAAUAUAGGGCUACCCCGGUUCUUAAACUUGGAAAAGUUCUUUCGUCCUGGCAAGGUGACGCAAUGCGCUCUUGCUCUAUGUUCCAGGAAAUAUAAUGUCUCUGUCUCCAACGGGACAGCAUUGUUCAAUAUUUCAUCACCCGAUUACGGCAGGGUCUUUGAGAAUAGCUUGGGCAGCAAAGUCAAUGUAAGCUGCUGGAAACCUUCACAUGGCGCCUCUCCUGAAUCCAUCAAUUUCACAUUGUCGAACACGUACAACAGAUACAUCAAUGUCUCCGAGGGGGCGUUCUGUGGAGUAGGGGAUUAUACGAGUAUCCCUACCUAUCUUCAAGGCUAUAGAGAGUCCCUAUACAAAGCUUCCAAUACCUCGGAUUUGGCUCCAAGCAUCAAUACGACCCGAGUAGACCAAGUCGCCGCCAAUAGGAUCCUCGACGUAGGACUGGAAUCAGUGAUGAGCAAUAUCGCCGAUACAUACAUCAAAUACGUGCUCGAUGCCAGCAACGUCACUGUGAACGGCGACAUCAAGGGCUUACAGGUCUACGUCUUUGUCCACUGGGCCUGGCUCGUUCUUCCGUGUGGGCUGGUUGUCCUUGGGGCUGUUUUCCUGGGGUUGACGAUCCUCCUUAAUAGCAGACAAAGGCUUCGCCCGUGGAGGACUUCUGUGCUUGCUGUGCUCUUCCAUGGCCUGCAUGGUCCGAAGAGUGAAGCUGAGCUUACGAAGACUGAUACGGCAGGUCAGAUGGAGCAGGUUGCGCAGAAUAUACAUGUUCGAUUGAGGAGGGUUGAUAGUCUGAAGGGGCUUGUGCUGGAUCGGUCUGCUUGA